GCAUGACAAGGCAGCAGCAAGGGCUGCCGAUGAAGAAAGAAACCAACGUCGUGAGAAGAUAUUUAGCGGAGAGCAGACUUUGCUCACAAUGGCAGCGGCAUGGCGAACCGAGGCCGAGAAUGGCAAGUUGGAGGAUUGCGAAAACAAGAUCGCUCUCCUCCUCUCGCAUCUCACAGACCUCCUGGCAAUCUGCAUUAUACAGCAGGAGGAUAUCCACAGCCUUGACGACUCGCUAGCUCAAGUCCAAGGCCGCCUUCAGCAGCUGGAGCAGCGACCUGUCGCCGCCCCCGAUGCAAGCUCUUCCAAUACCUUUGAUCGCCUCGAAGCAUUGGAGAUGGACGUCAGCUCCCUCAAGGACGGCGUGCAGUUACAGCAGACCGCAACGCAACAGUUGCAACAACGGAUCUGUACUACCGCCAACACCUCGAGUUCGGAACCGCGCGAGACAACUCCAAAGUUUGACGGCCAGGAGAUCUUCUGCCACUCGACAAAGACAGAUCUGAUUCCAUGGUUCCGCAAGUUCGAGCUCACGCAGCAGCUACACAACGUCAAAGAACACAAGCACCACGCAUACUUGUACUCUCGCUCAGGGGGCGCGUCCCAAGCUUGGUUGGACAAUCUCUUGUCCAAGUACGGAGUGCUAGCUAACGACUUGCACACCAAGAUCAGUUGGGAUGAUCUGAAGGCAGCGUGGCACAAGCGGUUCGAAGUCGAGCCGCCCGAGAUCAAGGCUAUGGACAAGCUCAUGAUCUUCGAGCAAGGCACGCUGCCGAGUACCGACUGGAUUGCCGAAUACCAACGCUUGACGCCAGUCCCAGAUAUCCAGAUGGGCUUCAAAGCCAUCCGCCACUUUUUCAUCUCAAGGUCAUGUCCGACAUUAAGUAAUGCCCUGACUCACGUCGAGGACACCUUGACGACGACGGCGGAACUUUUUGACAAGGCUGCGCAGAUCAUCAUUACGAACAAGGAGGCUAAGAACCUGCGUUCGUCUACGGCAGGCUCGAGCAGGGACCAGCAUCGGCCAAGAGUGGUUGUGGUCGCAGCGGCAACACCGUUUGACCAAACCAGCGGGGUUGUUUCUGCCAGCCGCUUGCCGGGACCGCAAUGCGCAACACUAUGCGCUCAUCUCCACACUUACUUAUCCUUCUAUGCACCACCAACUUCGCCGACGGAUGACGAAGUCACGGUGGGGGACAUCCUUGUGUAUACUACCAAGGUGGCCCGCGAGUUUCGCACGCAGCGGUACGAUGACAACAACGCACCGGUCAUGUAUGUCCGCAUUCAAGUUGGGCAAACGUCCUGCAGCGCUUUGUUGGAUAGCGGCGCGUCUCGCAAUUUCAUGAGCCAAUCCUUUAUGCAAAGGGUUGGCCUUGGCGCACAAGUUCGGAGGAAGGCAAACCCGACGGCGAUCAAGUUGGCGGGUGGGAAAACGCAGCAACUUCUCGACCGUUACGUCGAGGCCGUACCGGUUUACUUCGCACCUCAUGCAUGCGAACCGGUGACAUUCGAUAUUCUCAACACGGACUUCGACAUCAUUCUGGGAAUGCCUUGGCUUGCAAGUGCGGAUCACACGGUCAACUUCCAUCGGCGGACUCUUAGCAUUCGCGACGCCUUCGGCGUCGAAGUGGCGUGUACUAUUCCUCUACUGCACCCUUCGAUUCGGUGCCAAGUGGUGACGGCCAAAUCAUUCAGGGCGACUUGCGCUUACGAGGAGGCCGAGGAGAUCGGCCUAUGUUUCCUGCGGACCGUGGCGGUAGCCGACUCUUCACCCACGGACUUGUCUUUGGACCCCCGGGUGGUGCGGUUGCUGGACGAGUUAGCCGACAUCUUCGAGUCACCUACCGGUGUGGUGCCGGAUUGGCCGAUCUCUCACGAGAUCAUUCUUGAGGCCGGUGUCGUGCCACCGAAAGGUUGCAUCUAUCGGAUGAGCGAGGAGGAGCUUGAGGUCCUCCGCGCACAACUCGACGAUUUGUUGGCCAAGGGCUGGAUCCGCCCUAGCAGCUCCCCAUAUGGAGCACCGGUUCUCUUCGUCCGGAAGAAGAACAAGGAUCUACGAUUGUGUAUCGACUACUGCAAGCUCAACGUGCAAACCGUCAAGAAUGCAGGGCCUCUUCCUCGCAUCGAUGAUCUUCUUGAGCGAUUGGGCGGCACAAAGUAUUUCUCUAAGUUGGAUUUGAAAUCAGGAUAUCAUCAAAUCUCGAUCCGGUCCAAUGAUCGCUACAAAUCCGCAUUCAAGACGCGGUAUGGGCAUUUUGAGUGGGUGGUCAUGCCUUUUGGCCUCACCAACGCCCCGACGACCUUUCAAGCGGCAAUGACCAACGAGUUUCGUGCAAUGUUGGACCGGUUCGUGCUGGUCUACUUAGACGAUAUUCUCAUCUAUAGUCGGACUUUGGAGGAUCAUCUUGGGCAUCUUCGACGAGUGUUGGAGACGCUCCGCCGCGCCAAGUACAAGGCCAAUCGCGACAAGUGUGAAUUUGUCCGGCAAGAGCUGGAAUACUUGGGCCAUUUUGUCACACCAGAAGGCAUCAGCUACUCGAAGAUUGCGGCCCACUUGACCAAGCUUCAAUGCGAGGAUCGGCCGUUUGACUUCGGAGAGGAGGCGCGGGAAUCAUUCUUCGCUCUCAAAGCCGCGCUAUUAUUUGCGGAGGUCUUGCGGAUAUAUGAACCGCUCGCGCCUACGCGCGUCACUACGGAUGCGUCAGGUUAUGGCAUUGGUGCAGUCCUCGAGCAACAUGAUGGUGUGGACUGGCACCCGGUCGAGUAUUUCAGCAAGAAAGUGUCCGUCGUGCACCCGGACGAUGCACGCAAGGAGAUCCUCGCCUUCGUCCACGCGCUCAAGCGGUGGCGGCACUUCCUCCUUGGUCGAAGCCAAUUUCGAUGGGUAACGGACAACAAUCCGUUGUUUUUUUACAAGACCCAAGACACCGUCAACAACACCAUCACUCGAUGGAUGGCUUUCAUCGACCAGUUCGACUUCCUUCCCGAUCACAUUCCAGGGAAGUCGAACCGUUUUGCGGAUGCUCUUUCACGGUGUCCGGAUCAUUGUACCGCGGUCUACUCAACCUUCGAGAUCGACGAUGACCUGCGGAACAGCUUCAUCCGUGGCUACCAAGCCGACCCCGAGUUUCGCGACAAGUACGCGAAUUGCUCCUCUCCUAAUCCGGUGCCUUCUCACUAUCGGAUCCAAGAGGGGUACUUGCUUGUCCACAUGCGGGGGAAGGACCUUCUUUGCGUACCGAGUGAUCCUCACUUGCGUACACGGCUUCUUGGCGAGUUCCAUGAUGCUCCCGCCACCGGACACUUUGGAGUCAAUCGCACGAUUGGCCGACUUCGCCAACGAUUUUGGUGGCACGGCCUUCUCGGCGACGUCACGUGCUAUUACGAGUCAUGCGAGGUUUGCCGAUGCUGCAAAUCCCGCAACCAUCGUCCGUAUGGCGAGUUACGACCAUUACCGGUCCCGUUGAGGCGAAGGGAAGCGAUUCCCAUAGACAUUACCGGUCCGUUCCCCAAGCACAAGACCGAAGUGGAUGGGAUUCUCACGGUGGUCGACUGACUCACCAAGUUCGCCAUGUUUUUGCCAUGUCGCUAUCAUACCAAGGCACCC